GGCUGCAGCAGAGGGGCCGAGAGCUGGCGGCGGCGGUGGUCGUGAAGGGCAUCGGCGGCGGCGGCGGUGAUGGCACCGACGAUCUGAAGAUGGAAAGAGCCAGGCGGAGGGGAGGCGGCGGCCGCGGCCGCGGCGGCAAGCAUGUAGGGGGCUCUGGCCUAAGCAAGAGUAGACUCUAUCCCCAGGCCCAGCACUCCCACUACCCCCACUACGCCGCGGCGGCCACCCCCAGUCAGGCCGAAAUCCAGGAGCUGGCCUCCAAGCGAGUGGACAUCCAGAAGAAGAGGUUUUACCUCGACGUGAAGCAGAGCUCGCGGGGCCGCUUCCUAAAGAUAGCCGAAGUGUGGAUAGGGAGAGGCCGGCAGGACAACAUCAGGAAGAGUAAGCUGACCCUGUCCCUGUCUGUGGCCGCGGAGCUCAAGGACUGUCUGGGGGACUUCAUCGAGCACUACGCCCACCUAGGCCUCAAGGGCCACCGGGCCGAGCACGGCCACGGCAAGGAGCCGGGCUCCCGGAGGAGGCAGAAGCACGCGGCGCCCUCCCCGCCCGUGUCCGUGGGGUCGGAGGAGCAUCCGCACAGCGUCCUCAAGACGGACUAUAUAGAGAGGGACAAUAGGAAGUAUUACCUAGACCUCAAGGAGAACCAGCGGGGUCGCUUCCUGAGGAUCCGGCAGACCGUGAUGCGGGGCGCUGGCAUGAUAGGCUAUUUUGGCCACAGUCUGGGCCAGGAGCAGACGAUUGUCCUCCCAGCCCAGGGGAUGAUCGAGUUCCGGGAUGCCUUGGUCCAGCUGAUCGAAGACUAUGGCGAAGGGGACAUCGAAGAACGCAGAGGUGGCGACGACGACCCGCUUGAACUCCCGGAGGGGACUUCUUUCAGAGUGGACAAUAAAAGGUUCUACUUUGAUGUGGGCUCUAAUAAAUAUGGAAUUUUCCUGAAGGUAAGUGAGGUGAGGCCACCUUACCGUAAUACUAUUACUGUUCCGUUCAAAGCUUGGACAAGGUUUGGGGAGAAUUUUAUCAAGUAUGAAGAAGAGAUGAGGAAAAUUUGCAACAGCCAUAAAGAAAAGAGAAUGGAUGGCAGAAGGGCCAGUGGUGAAGAAGGAGAAUGCCUCGACUAGAGAGAAAUUGAACUCCAUCAGGCAAAAUUUAAAAUCUUAAAUUGGCUAAAAGUACUGAUCCAUUAUCAUUUCGGAGAAGUUUUUCCUCUUUUUUGGCCCUUUGUUAUCAGUAGUACCUCCAGUAGUCUAUACUUCAAGGAGUCUGAUUCUCAUGUUACGUUAAGCAUAGCUCACUCUCAUUCUUAUGGGAAUCCCAACUUUCCCAAAGCUAAAUUAGUUUAGCUACUUCAGCUGCUCCAGACUAUUGAAGUAUGCAAAUCAGCACAAAACGUGACAUUCUGACCUUCUAAAUACCGUAACUAAGAUUUACAUUGCGUUAUGACGUAAUCCUGAACAAAGAUACGGAUACUUAAAUACAGAAGUGUGACUUUCUAUUUCACAAGUCUCCCCCCCCCCCAAAAAAAAAAGUAUCCCAUUCCUACUUCAUUAAAAGCUGCCAAGCUUGCCUGUAGGACAGUUACCACAGAAACAGAAAUUGACCUCCGGUAUAGUAUACAUACUUAUUUAUAAAAGUACAAGUAGAAACAUUGUCCAUUGGGUAAUUGAAUAUUAAACAGUAUCGUUAAAGAAUCAAAUCUCAUUAGCCACUUAAACCUUAAAAAUAAGUGUCUCAAUAUUUAAUAGUAACUCUAGUAUUCUAUAAUUUCAAAUUUUGUGGUAACUCUACAGCUCAUAGUUGCCAUAUCAAAGCCAUGGGAGAGUUUUAAUUUGGUUACUCUAAAUGACUAACAGGUCCAUCUUCACCUCUGUUGAUUGUACCAUAUGUAUUUAAUUGACUUUCCAAGUUUCAGGAAUUUUUAUGUUAGUAUUGGGUGAGAGGCUUCGUCCAGUGGCUUUGCUAUGGAAAUCUUGGUGUUUUAGUUUUUCAUGCUAAUUUAAGAUUGUGAGAGGUUCCCUCCUGCCCCCCCCCCCCAAAAAUAUAUCAUGGACUCAAGAUGUUAUAUUUUAUGCUUCUUCUUUAACACUCUUUCAGAGGGGUUGGUAUACCAGUUAACUGAUAAAGUGAUAUUAAAAAUAACAUCUGUAAUAAAACAUUUUAGUAGCACUUCUGCAGUUGCUACCCUGAAAACCAUGUCAACUCUUCCAGAAUAAACCUGACUUUUACAGGUGUUUUAAUUCCAGAAAAAAAAAAAAGAAAAAAAAAAAAAAACACAUGUUUUUUCUAAAAAGAAAAACAUUUAGAAUUCAAAUUAUCAGUAUAAAAAAUAUUAUUUGAAGAUUGGUUAUAAAUAUAUUUAAGAGAAGAUUUCAGGCAUUUUCUAAGGUGCUUUUUAUGAUUCUUAAAGAGGUUUACUUUACACAAGAAUCACCCAUUUACCUGUAUUAAAAAUUGCUUUUCAGGAAGUGCCACAGCAAUCUUUCAACACCUAAGCAAUUUUUUUAAACAAAUGGAUAUAGUGUCUACGUGUACCAACCCAUCCUGUAUUAACUGCCUGAAAUUUCAUCUCCUGAGCUACAUUUUACUCUGAAUGAAAUAACUGUCUUUUAACUUGGCUUUAUUCAUUUCCCAUACAAUUAAGUCCAUAUAUUCAUGUUUAAGAGCCAGAACACUGAUUCCAACUUCCAAACAUAGCUCUUAUUGAUGAGAGCUGGCUUCUUGGUUUGAAAUCAGAAUGUAGCUCUUCUUCUGUAUACUCUAAGUAAUUCAGAAUUAUUUUAACAGUUCUUUCCUCCAAAGGUUUGCCCCCAAAUACAUUUAAGUAUAAGGUCACUAAGGAAACCUAACAGGACGAAUUAAGAAAUUAAUUUCAUUGGUUUCUGCUACUUGAGAACAAGCAAUCAGUAACCCAGACCUAUAUACUGGUGUUGGUUUGCAGAUUGUAUUUCACGUUUCCUCAGCUAGUAUGAAGGAAUCUCAGUUCAUUAUAAUUGUGGACCAUCUGGAUCGCUACGGAACAACGGAAGGUUAGAAGAUAAUGUUAGUACUAGAGUUAAUAGCACAUGGUGGGUGUUGAGACUCUAAAAGUAGCAAGGAUUUUUAAACAGUCCUAACUGUAAAAAUAACUAUGUAGUCUUGCUAAAAAGUAGUUCCUGGUAUUUGAAGGAGUGAUGUGCACUUGAAUUACUGUACUACUGAUUGUUAUUGCUGCCCAUCAUAGUGCCUAUUAAUAAUAAUCAACCUGUCAGACUUUGGCAAACUGGAGCUUUGAAUAUCCCAGUAUUCGAUUGUUCCUCUCACUAUCGUUAUGAGUGUAUACUCGCUCUUAAAAUCUUCCUUUCUAAAAUAUUUAUAUGCAUUAGGUCUAAGUCAUUCUUUUUUGGUCUUUAGUUUGAUAAAAUUUGCAUAUGUGUGUCUAUAUACAUACCCAUACAUAUAUGUGCACACAUACUACAAUGUCAGAAUCAAACCUAAGUAUCCUUCAUUCAUUGAAUGUAAAUAUCAGUUUGAUUUUGCAUUAGUUAUUUAAGUAAAGUCCUAGUUAAGCCGCCACGUUUCCUAUCAUGUAUGUAGACUUCAGAGUUUUUACCAUCUCACUGUUGCAGAUUGGACAGAUGUAUCUAUAUGCUAGAAUCAUUAAGCCUUCUACCAGUCCUUUUGUUUCACUUUUUCAUAGUUCAUGUAUUCACUGAAAAAUGAAAUGAUGCUAUGAUUUUUUAUUUGAUACUUAAAAUUCCCAAAAAUUCAUUAGCCAUAAUAAUAUGAUCCAGCUCAAAACUCUGGUAUUAGGACAUGUAUUGCCAUGUAUCUUGUAAAGUAAGCUACUAUUCUUAUCUGUGCAAUAUACAUUUUAUUUAUUGUCAUUUGUAACAUAAAUGGAGCUGCAAGUGUACAUGGUAUUCUUCAAAGUAACAGGAUCCCUGCCUUGAUGAUAUUAAACUCUUAAGGCAACUGGAUGUUAGUUUAAAAAUGAGCGUAAAGUAGUAACCAAAAUUACUAGUUCACUGUAUAAUGCUAAAACACUGAUGAUGUUUGCACAUAAUAAUCCAGGCAUAAUGUGGUACAGACUCAAAACUGUAACAAUAUAAGCUAAUCGUAUGAAAUUUGGAAACGGGUUCCUCAUGAUAGUUGGCAGUAUGCUCCUAGCAAUUGAAAGCAGCACUAAUCUGUUGCUUAUAUGCAAAUGAUGCAAUGUAUUAUAAAGGUAUUAAAGUUCUGCCACAUUUUAUAAUUUUCCUUGUUAAAGCCCCAAACUGCCAUGUCCCUUAAACUUGAGUCAAACACAAGCUUAUUUGCACUAAAGAGCAUGGCCAAAAAAUAAAUGACAGGGUGGAAAAGCUAGUUGGAACCUCUUGAAAUAGUUGGUUCUAAUGGGAGAAUUUCACAUUUGUCUAUUCGCAAAGCUAUAUGGUCCAGGCAGACAAUCUGUCAGUUCACUAAUUUAAUAAUGCACUUUACCUUUUGUAUAUAGAAGAUGUAAAUUUAUGCCACUUGACAGGUGGGAUGUGUUUCGUUAACUAUGUAGCUAGAACCUAUAGGGUGAUCUCUUGCAUGCAUACGUUUGUGUUGGAACCGUUGUAGUAACAGGUUUCAUUAGGUCAAUGUAACGGAGAAGGGUAGAAGAUGCUUUUGAAACAAAUCCCAAUAUAUUUAACAAAGAAUUUUAAAGUAGAGUUCACAUUUGUAUUCUUAAGGACUAGAAUAAAUUUUUUAAAAGAUAACUAUUUCUAACCCAGAUUAGUAUUGCAGUUGAGGCUGUGUCUAGUUAAGGAUCCCUAUAAUACCCUGAAAGUUCAUUUUGGAAAUGUGUCCUGACAAAAAAAUUUUUAAAUGAUUCUGUUUUAUUGUUGAUGUAUGUUCAAGUAACUAAUAAAAAAGAUAGUACAUGAUACUAUACAAGAAUUCAAAAUAUGGUUAGCUGAUAUGGCAUCAUUUAAAAACCAUUCUGACAAAAGAAAUAAAGCUUAAAGUUAAGGAAAUGCAAAGAGCCUAAGAACAGUUGCUAAAUAAAUCCAAUAUUUCAAAAUUUGCGAUAGUACUAACCUUCACCAACUGAAAAGGGUAUUGGGGGAUUUAGUGUCUCCUUCCAUCCUAAAAACUUCCUAAGUGUACAUUUGGAAGCUAGAUAAGUGUUGCUUAAUAAUAGGCUGUGCAGUAUGUACUUUACUGAGAAUCACUGUGUACUAACGAUUCAUCAAGAGUGUGCUAUAUUUACUGCAUUC